CCAAAAUCAACAACUUCAAACACCUUAACUACAUCAUCACAAUCAACCACCUCGGCACAAGCAACAAAAUUAAAUAUCUCAUUAGAGUUAAACUCUUUAUCCAAAAAAAGAAAAGCUGCUGACCAAGAAGCAAUUAGACAACUUUCAUCUGAAUUAUUUCAUGAGCAUAAGCAAAUAAGCGAUGAAGAGGUGAAAAAGCUGCUCAAAAAUAAGUUGGAAAAUGACAAAGAUUGUGCUGAGCAAUUACAAUAUUUGAAAGAAAAAGGAUUUUCAUUCGAUAAGUUGUGGAAUGAAAAAUUUUAUUCAGAUGUCAAUAUUGGUAUUCUUUACUUUCAUUACUUUGCUGGUUAUUUUUCUUACAGUCAAUUUACCCAAUAUCAACAGAUGCUAUCAGCCAAUCGUAUUAAGAAAAGAUACUAUGUUCGUCGAAUUAAAGAAGAUCUCUGGGUACUUUUGGCAUUAGACUCCAAGAAAGUUUAUGAAGAAUUAUACAAUCUAAGCGAUCCAAAUAACCCAAAUUCAAAUAUUUUUCUUGCUUUAAUCAUCAAAUAUGCUUUUAUAUUUGAAGAUAAACGUACCCAUGCUAAUGCUAUUUGGACACAGACCGUUCUUGAACUUAUUUUUGAUGAAAAUUAUCUUUUGGCGAAACUUGACUCUGACGUUAAUAAAAAAGAUCUUGUGUCUCUUCUGAAAACUUACAAGUUGGAUCUUUAG